AUGGAGUCCAUCACGCAAGGCGUGAACUUUUACAUGCAGCAAUACGACCAGCAUACCCCUCAAACCUGCCUGCGAGGACCCGCAUCACCGCUGCUUGCUGCUCCGCCUAAUUUCAAUGUGAGCGCGCAGCAGCGGAUCCUGCUGCAGCAGCAGCUGCUGACUAACGCUGAAGCAGCCAAGCAACAGGGGCCUGCCGUCAUAGAUCGUGAGCUGAAAGCGACAGGUAGCGACGGGCCAGCAGCAGCAGCAGCAGCAACAGCAGCAGCAGACGCUGUAGGAGCAGCAGACGCUGCUGUUGCAGCUGCUGCUGUUGUGCUGCCGCCACAUGGAGCAUCUGAGGAAACAGCUGCAUCCGAAUUGUGCGGGGACUCGAUGGUAGGCGCUUCUAGUCCUGUUGCAAUGCCUUCACGGCCGCAGAUCGAAGGGCCUUCACACCCACAGCCAGGUCAGCUGCAUGAGCAGCAGCAGCAGCAGCAGCAUGGGCAGCAAGAAGCUGCCUCUACAGGUAACAACUUGCGCUCUCCCUCUUGCCCUCCUUUGGGCAUCAGCAGGAGCAGUAUCUUCUCUCCUCCUACGCCUGCGUCCCCUCAAGAUGCUGUUGCUACUGAGCCAGCCGCUUCAUGGGCCCCGUUCGAGGUGCUGUUUUUGCGUCACGAUGGAUAUCUAGGUGCUGUGGGUGCCCUCGUCGCUCCCGGGCCGAACACCACGCCUCCGCCCACCUGA